CCUCCAUUCCUCGGAGUUCUCUCGUUCAACCGCAGAGAGAAUAAAACAAUUAAAUCAAAAACCAAAAAAAUAAAGAUCGAAAGUUUGGACGGGCGAAAAUCGAAAGACAUGGUUGAUCGGAUAAAGGGUCCAUGGAGUGUGGAGGAGGACGAACAGCUGCGUCGGCUGGUGGAGAAAUACGGUCCGAGGAAUUGGUCGGCGAUAAGCAAGUCGAUCCCUGGUCGGUCGGGGAAGUCUUGUCGGCUGCGGUGGUGCAACCAGCUGUCGCCGGAGGUGGAGCACCGUCCAUUCACGGCGGAGGAGGACGAGACCAUCGUACGAGCCCACACGCAGUUCGGCAACAAAUGGGCCACCAUCGCUCGCCUCCUCAACGGCCGUACCGAUAACGCCGUCAAGAACCACUGGAACUCCACCCUCAAGCGCAAAUGCGCCUUGUCCGGAGGAGGCCAGGCCGCUGCGGAGGAGCGUCCGACGAAGAGAUCUGCAAGCUCGGGUUCCGGGGGUGGUCCGCCGGUCUCCACCGGGUUGUACAUGAGCCCCGGGAGCCCGACGGGAUCUGACAUCAGCGAUUCGAGCACUGUUCCUGUUUUCCUCUCGUCUCGUAUCGGUCACGUUUUCAAGCCCGUGGCGCGUACUGGCGGCGUUGCGGUGCCUCCGGUGGGUAUGUCAUCGUCUUCGGGCGAUCUGCCGACGUCGUUGAGCCUGUCGCUUCCGGGAUCUGACGCCAGUGAGGUGUCUACAAACGCUAACAAUGCCACAACUUCGAGCCACAAUACGCUGCCAUUUCUGCCAUUGACGAACCAAGACGAAGCUCGAAUCGUCGGCAAUGGAAUAGCGUUUGGCGGAUUGAGCUCCGAGUUCAUGGCGGUGGUGCAGGAGAUGAUAAAGUCGGAGGUGAGGAAUUACAUGGUGGAAUUACAUGGCGGAGAUGCAGGGAUCGGUGGUUUGUAUGGUCCCGGCAAUGUCGGAUUCAGGGAUAGUGGUAUAAUUCCGAGGAAUCGGAUCGGAGUUGGUAGGAUCGAGUAGCGUGUAAUGUUAUUGCCGUACGGAGUUCGUACCGGAACGCCUGAUCGAGGACGAGAAUUAAAAAAAAUUGGUUAAAAAUGUACAGAGAAAUCGAGUGGAGAAGAGACUAGAGAUGGAUAUGUCUGUCGGGAGGCUAAUGAAUGGAGAAAUGGAACAAUAAAAUUUCUCCGAAUAAUAUCUGAGCUUCUCUCUCUCUCUCUAAAUUCCAA